AUGCAGGAGAAAAUCCCCAUCCUUAUUUUAAUUGCAGCUGAACUACUGGAUUUGUCUGAUGCCUCCAGAAAUGAACAUCAUGGCAGUGAAGUGUUAGACCAGAAACUUCCCGGAGAAGUCCAACAAAGAGCUGAGAGCAGCCCAGUGACCAGUGAAGUGUUUUCCAUUACAGACGAUAACUUGCACGAAGUGACCUUUGAUUUUCAGACUCCAGCCGUUGACUCUACCAAUGAAAUGCCAGCUCACUUGAUCCCUGUGCAAACAGAGAUGGCUGCGAAAUUAACAGCUGUGGUGCCUAGUGGAUUGGUUAGACAGCUGGGGUGGGCUCUGGGGCAGCACAAAGAAGCAGAAUUUUUAAAACAUCAAGAGGGAGGCACAGUUGCUAGCAGGCUUUUGAGUAGCACAAGCAUCCCUAUCUUGAGGCAAGGAACACAGUCAGCUACCCAUGAGGAACAGCCCACCAAGUCACUAACAGGAAAACCGGAAAGAGAAAAUAAUACUGAAUCCAGUAAUAGACUCGCCAGCUCUGGUGGUGGGGUGCCCCAGCCUCUUCAAGAUUCUCUGGAGUUUGCAGCUGUCUUUUCCAAGCCUGCUAUCAAGCAGACAGAGAUGCCAAGUGCUAAACUGUCUCUUCUGACUUCAACAGCCAAUUUCCAUACUCCAAGAAAAGAAGUAGCAGUGAAGACAGCUCUUGAAAGUGCCAGGAUGGGUUUGUUACCAACAGUAACACCAACUAACAAAAGGCAAAAAGACACAAAUCUAGAAGCCCAGCUUGAGAGCAAAGCUGGUGUAACUCUAGCAUCCGCAAUGGGAAUCUUUUUCAGGGAUGUAGGUGUCACAGCUUCUGCAUUCACUGAAAAGCUGACCUCAGGUAACUCUGAGGUGGUCUCUUCCAGAAUGAUGCAUUCAACUGCUGUCCAGUUUUCCCCUGCUGUCCCUUGGAAGGAAGAAACAACAACCAGUAAAACCAAACACUUAAAAGCACCUGAAAUGAAGAGCCCUCAACCCCCAAGCCAGCUCCCUGCUCUUCAGGCCCUCCCACAGGGCAAUGAACACUCGCCAUUAUCGAUGCCUCUGGAAACACUUGUUCAUGAUGGCUUAAUUCAAUCUUCAUUUCAAGGGCCCAGGAGCUCAACUGAUCCAUCACAGUCUCUUUCUUUGUACCAGACUCUGAACUGUACUAUCCGUAUUUCUCAAGAAACCAGGAGGAGCUCUCAAGGUGGAGUGCUACCUUUGCAAGGUGAUGCUAAACCUCAGACAGUUACUAGCAAACCUGACACAGCUGGAUCCCCUGGGGGCCCACAGACUUCUGCUAACUCAUUCCCAUUAAGCCAAUCACAGAUGACAGAGUUGAAGUUUUCCCCAGCUGCUGGAGAGCAAGGAGCAACACCUGCCUUCUUUCCCCGUACAUCUCUGUUUGUGAAUGCAGGCUUCCGGCAUCUAAGCACACUUGAUUCUGUUCGUGCAAGGCAUCAGCGAGCAGCUACAGCUGCUGCUGUUUGUGCUGGACUGCAUCUAAGGGGCGUCUCCACUUCUGCCAAGAAAGGAUUUCACAUACCGAUUUCAUCUACUUUUACUAGUUCUGGGUCUCAUGUUCAAGCCAUUUCUGCCUAUCCUAGAUUUCAGGAAACCUUCCCUAUCAAGCCACAGAGGAGCACAGUGAAAGACUGUGAGAGAAAGACAGGUGUCUCAUAUCAGGUAGAUAAGGCUGGCUCUCCCACGAGGAAUCCACAGACCAGCACAACCCUCAGCCUUCCUGGAUUUUAUGACAAUGGAAGCCCAAAGGUUCCUCAUAGCUUUGCCCCUCCAGCCUCCCAGAACCAGGGAGCGGGCAGCUUGGAAUCUUUUCCUCCAAGGCUGGCCUUGCUCCAUGCACAGGGAAGGCGGCUUAGCUCAACAACAGGGCAUCCCGAAGCAGCGGUGCCUGGUGACUCUCAUGAGAUCCUGUCACAUGUGGCACAAGCACUAGUUCAGCGUUUUGGGAUGUUGGAUGAUGCAGCUACUAAAAACCUCAGUGGCUUUAGAGUUGAUCAGUUUACAAUACUACCAUCAUCCCAAUAUUUAUCUUUCCUGCUUAGAAGCACUGAUGGUGUAAUGUGCUUGCAACCCAUGCAAGACUCCCCUCUGCCUGCAGGAUUCCCAAAUACCAGUGUUGGGGCUCUGGUUUCCAUUCAGCAAAUGCUGGCGGCAUCCAAUUCUUCAGCAGUAGAUUUUACAAACCUGCAAAAUCUGGGUUUUUCUAGCUUGCUUUUGAUUAAGCCUGUGUUUAUCCUUUUGCCUGCUGAGGGACCAGAGUUCCGGACAUCGUACUCGCCUGACAGUGAGGGUGACCAUAAAACUGCUUUAUCUCUUACUAGCAAGCAAGAUCUGAGUUUGGUUCCCUCUGAAAGGAGCCACACUAUUCCAAUGAAAACUCGUUCUUAUUCCACUAGUCAGCCUCUAAGGCCUGAAACGAUUCUUUCCACUGCUUCUAAGCAAUCAGCAGAGAAAAUGCAAGUAACUGCCUGGACGGUGCCGACUAAUGCUAAUUCUACAGCCACCACUAGUUCAUUUCAAGCUGUGACCUCAGCUUCAAAUCACUCACUGUAUCCACAGACAAGGAUGACUACAGUGCAGGCCAUCCAUCUGCACAGUCUGCCUGAAGAGGUUCAGUUAUCUGCUCCCCUCUCAGAAGUGAAGCAAGAGACUGAUAUCCUUUUACUCAACGGAGCACUGGCAGAGCCUCUCACGUCUGCUGUGCUGCCGUUAGCGCUGUCUACAAAGCACAGCUCCUCUGUCUCCCCAAAAGGGUUUUUCACAGCUGAAAAGCCAAGCUAUUCCUUAACUUCCUUCCUGUCAGCAAAAGGACUCCUUGCUUCUGAAACACCAACCCAAGCUCUAUUUAUUACAAGAAGGACUGUGGAUCAGCUUCAGCACAGUAUGAAACUAAAGCUGCCCACAACCAAUCUUCACCAAGGCAAGGUAACCACAUCUUCCUCUGUCAGUACACAAUGCACAGAGUGCCUGAAUUUGCAUCCAGCUGGAAUGAUAAAACACCCUUGGAAGAUGCCAACAAACAUCAUGCCUUUGCAGUCCUCCUCACAAAGUGUCUCAAGCAUGGUGUCGCUUCAGAGGCUCCCAGCACACAUAGAGUUUGUGCCCAACCCCUUGCCACCUCUUUCGGCUGGAAACAGUUGUAAAAACUCCACAGCAGGAAGCAAUGCCUGUUCAGGAGGAGCCACGACGCGUGCUGCAGCGGUACGAACAUCCACCGCCUCUGUAAAGCCUCAUCUUACUAAACACCUGCUAUUUACUCCUCUUGUGCCUAAGGCCUUUGUGGUGACAGAGAGACCACCAGUAGCACCUGUGUAUGAUCCAUUUUUGACUAAGGUCCAAAGGAAAACAACUGCUUCUGGGAAACUCCUGGCUACAAUUACCCACCCAAGGAUAUAUGCCGAGUCUCCUGCAAGGCUGCCUUCAUCUGUGUUAACAGGUACCCCUCUGCUACCAACUGCAAAGCAACGUAGUCUAGCACCUACUAAAUUGUUCUCACCGCCAGACGUGGGAGAAAAUGCAAAGACAACUGAAAUCAGCACAAGCAUAGGAAAAAUAGGAACUAGCGCAUUCUUGGGAACGAGCAUGUCUGUGCCAGCCGUGUUCAACACAAGGACACAGCAGCCCCCCACAGCAGUUCUUGGCAAUAAGACUGCUUUAACUCUGGUAGAGCCAUCUGUGCCUGCAAGAUCUACUGCUUUUGAGAAAGAGACUAAAUUAACAUCAAGCACCUUGCCAUCUCCCUCAGCAAUGACUUUUCUCCUUGCAGCUAAGAAUGAUCAUAUGACUGCUUCACUUACGAACAAAAAAGCUUUUCUCUUGCCAACGUCAGCUAUCAAAUCUGAUCCAUACGUGGCUCUGCCCACAGUUGCCAGGAUGAACAAAGCAACUGUGGUCUCACCAUCAACAGUGCAGAAUGAUGGCACGUUAGUGAAAGAGGAAUAUUCAGCAGCAACUGGCCAGCUGCCUGUUCAGACACCUGUGUUUUCAUCACGUCAUGCAUCAGCAAGUCUACAAGUAUACCCUUUGGAGAACAUAUUACUGGAAGAUAACACUGAACAGGAGCCAGGUCCUGAUGCUGCCAGGCACUCCACUAGGUCAUCUACAACACAAGCGGUUUCUGUCUCUGCUAGUAGACUUGUAAAUAAGGGUAUCUAUCUGUCACCUGUCUUAAAUUCAGCAGAUGUCGAUGAUCGUCAGAUGCUUCUAACUCCAGACCUUACCCAGAUCCUUCCAACCCCAGAAAGCCUCUCAUAUUCUUCUCAGAUUCUGGUACCACUUGCAUCAGAUGGAAAUUCCCUGCCAAAUGUUAUGAACAGUGGACACUCUGGGAAACCGAUCUUGAGCACCGAAGCAGAGGAGGUCUUUAAAACAAAUGAAGUGACCGAAGAAGCAGCUGAAGGCUUGGUAACUGUCCUGACACUGCUGGAUUCUGAGCCCAACCUAUUGCUGAGUGAACCACGCCAAAGAAGUGCUUUGCAGUCAGAUGAUGAUCUUCUGAAUGGCCAUGCAGUUGUGACUGAUGUGUGCGGCUCUGGCAAUUACACAGCGCUGAUGAGCCUGCGUCCUGCCACGGAAGCAAGCUCUGAGGUCUAUGGGUCACUGCCUCCCCAGGAGACUUUCCUGGCUUUGAUUGCUCUGCAGAGUAAUAGCAGCCACCCUGUGCUACAAAUCCGGUCGUGCUGUGUGACCCCUACCAGCAGGACAGAGGGACCAGAUGCUGCAUGCUGUCUGUUCCACAGGUUGCCAUCUGACUGCAGACACAUCCAGUUACUGCAGACCCGUCAAUCCAGAUCUGCUAGCUUCGCCAUUCAGCUGUUCCAGAUGCUGAAUCACUCGGUGGCCUAUUUGCACUGUGAGCUUAAUGUCUGUCUGCAUGGCAAAACAGGGUGUGAGCAGGAUUGCUUUGAAAGUGUGGAGAUGCUUCCCCCACAAAGGGUUAGCAACAGUUAUGGAAACCUGCAAAACCUGAUUUCAUUUGGUCCAAUUUUGAGAAUGAAGAACAAGUUUCUAUAUAAACCUGUGGAAGGUCCUGAUUCUGCUAUGCUGGUACCCAUUCUGCUGGGAUCCCUUACUGGUUUUGUUGUCUUGGGUGGUGCUUUCCUCAGUCUCUGGCUGCAUCACAGACGGAACACCAAAAACCUAGGUUAUCCACCACUUGGAGAAGUCCAAAGCCUGUGAGCUAUGAGCAGCUGACUGCUCCUGCAGGUUGCACACCACCGCUACACUGAUCAGAAAAGCAGUUGAUUUUGCUUCGCACACUGUAUUGCUCUUGCAGAGCUUCUACCAACACAGGGAGCAAGGGAUUCAA